UCUUCUGGCGGUCCUCUCGCGCGCAAACAUGGUCGACACGCUCUUUUUCAUUCUGGGACUGGCGGUGCUCGCUCGAGGGGCAGUGGUGCCUGCCGUGCCAGCGGCAGCAACGGUGGUGCCUCUGGCGAAGCUGGAGGAGUUCGAUCCAGCGCCGCAGUACAGCUUUGCAUACGACGUGCAAGACGCGGUGACCGGUGACUCCAAGGCUCAGUACGAGACCCGCAACGGCGACGUCGUGCGCGGUAGUUACAGCUUGAUCGAGGCCGACGGUACGCGUCGCAUCGUCGAGUACACCGCGGACCCGAUCAACGGCUUCAACGCGAUCGUCAGCAGAGAACCGGUGGUCGCCGCCAUCGCGGCACCAGUGUUACCGCUCAGACCGGCCGCGUUCACUCCAGUUGCCAUCCCGACAGCACCCGCCGUUGCCCCAGCACCAUCGAUCCCCGCCGUCGGGCCCGAUUCCGACGUCGAGGUGCUCGACACCCGGUCGGGUCCCUUAAAAGCGAGACCAACGACGCGCGAGCAAGAGAUCCAGCGUCAACAGUUGCAACAGUUGCAGCGGCUGCAGGAGCAACAGCACCAGCUGCAGGAGCAGCAGAGACGGUCGUCGAAAUUACAGAUCCAGCAGCAUCAACCACGAGAGCAGCAGCAGGAACAACAGACCGCGCAACAAUCCGCACGGAUCGUCGGGCCGACGGCUGGACAGAUCGAGCGACAACAAGUCGCGAACCCCCAAUUGAUCGGUCUUCCAGCUGCUGCCAGGGCGAUAGCCACGUACCCCGCUUACCCUUACGCCGCAUAUAGCGCCGCGUACUCUUCGCCGUUCGCCUACACUGCACCCCUCAACGGCCUGACUUACACCCCCGCCGCCGCGUUGACGUAAACUAUCCACUCGUCUAUCUACCUCGAAUUAUUAUUUGCCCGCACGAAAAAAAAAUAAUUAAUUGGGUGGUAACAGCAAACCUAUAACUUACUGCGCGAAUUCAACAUCUGUAACUAAGAAGAUUUGAUGGUUUAACAAAUCGCUAAUGUUAUUAUAUAUAAGCUAUAUAUAAUAUAUAUAUAUAAGCUGUCAAAAUUUUGCUACUUUAACAUAGAAAACUGACUGUUUGUAUAUUACGACGGUAGAUUUGCUGAAUCAGUAAAGUUUUCAGCUGUGUUUUUUUUUUCCGUGCGUAUUAUUUGUUAAGAUCAUUGACGACAAAAACUAGAAUAAAUUGUUUGCCAUGAGUUACUUA